AUGAGUCUGGAUCGUGUUAUCCAGGAUUCUGACGAGGACGAACCCUUUGAGGGGGAUGACGUUCCCGCCUCUGUCAACUCUCUCCACCCCUCCGAGCCCGCAUUGCAGCAGGAAUAUCAACAUGCCCCCGCCAGACAGACGACCCACAAUGCAGUGUACGAACACAGCCUUGCUCCUGAUGAAAGCAUGUUCACACAGCUGAAUGUCAAUUUCGAUGAGUUCCUCCAAUCGCAGGAAAGAGGCCAUUCAAUGCUAUCGUCGUCGCAGCAGCGGCGGGAGGACAGAUGGAUCCCCUCAACCAGUGAGGGUGGAACUGGGUCGGUCGGCGCCAUGAUGACGGAGAUUGGAAUCGCGCAGAGGAGACUUCUGGACGCCGAUCCUUCAAGUGCAAGCCUACUGCCCCCUUCUACGGCCGCGCCGUACUCGACAGAAUCAUUUCAGUCUGCGCCGUUUCCUACCAUACCAAGCUACCCCUCGUACCAGAUGGAUCAACCGGAGAAUGGCAGCUUCGCACAUAAUCCAGCACUCAUUGACGCCUACGUCGAUGCAAAUCAGACCUUGCUACCCACCAGACAGGGUACCUAUGACCUGACUCCCCCUGACGCCAGUAACUUAAUGGCAUUGCCUCCGGAAAUCCUCCCUCACGGAGCUACCGGGCCCUUCAUGGAACAGGAGAACGCACACUUAAACUCACCCCAGGAAGCCUCACAGCCCAAAUCUCAGCAGACGGGCCCCUGUUCCCCCCAUGAUACCGAACCUCUCUCCUCUGUUGCAUCCAUGAAAUUCAGCGAAGCAAAGAUCAUCACUGCCGGAACCAGUCUCAUCUCCCCGCAACAAUCCCAGUCAAGCACGCACGACGAGCUCGCUCUGCCAGCAAACCCACCAGCUGUGCCAGAUAUCGAGACGCCCGGUGCGAAGAAGAAGCGGGGACGGCCCAAGAAGCAACCCUUGCCAGAUAAUGACGAAGAUGAUGAGCUAGCCAACUCUCGGGACUAUGAGUUCAAACACCCUGGCGCAAAUGGUGCGAUUGACCCCUCCGAUAGCGAAUGGACUACGGAAAAUAAUACCCCGGCCUCGAGCGGAGUCUCCGAUGAGACUGACGAAGAAAAUCUAGAAGCAGCCCCAAAGCCUGAAAAACCAGGACCCAAGGAGUCGAAAAAGCAGAAAGCCAAAAAAAGCAAGACGACACCCGCCCCCGAGCCCGAUGCUGAUGACCACGUGAUAUGGGUGGACACGAAGCCUCUCAGCGUGGAACCCUCAACAGGGAAUGCCACUCCACAGACAGAAACCCCAGAGCCCCCAGAACAGGAUUUGGACUCCAUUGUUUUGGACCCAAACCCUCCAGUUGCUCCCCAGGCACCGAUUCCCACACUGGAAGAAAAGACACAAGAUGCCAGAAACGCCGAAAAGCCAGCACCCAAGAAACGCGGACGCAAGCGAAAGCAGGCAAUCGAGCAAGCGGAAACACCAUCGGAGUCCGCAGAUACACCCGAACCAAACAGGCCGCCGUCCGGAGCUCAGACUCCUGCGCCAAAGUUGGCCGUCGUUGUCGAUAAUAGUCCCAAAUCCAUACUGGAAGCUAACUCCGGUAACAACGAUACAUCUGUUAUUCAGCUCAACGACCAGACGCCCCAUCCACUUCCUGGUCCUGACCCUCUCCCUGACACUACAAUUGAUACCCCUCAGCCUCAGACUCCUUCGAAGCCCGAUGCUGCACCUGUCGAUACACCCCAGAAUGCUGGCAAGGGCCCGGAUAAGCAUAGCCCCAUCUCGGCGCGGAGUGGUGUGCCUUAUCGCGUGGGCUUGAGUAAGAGGGCAAGGAUUGCGCCAUUGCUUAAGAUGGUACGGAAAUAG